AAACCCAUUUUUCAGACUAAACCAUAACUCAUCCAAUUCAUUAUCAAUUACUAAGUUAAAAUUCAAUCUUCUAGAACUUUCUCUCAAUGGCUCGUACAAAGCAAACAGCACGCAAAUCCACCGGCGGCAAGGCUCCCCGGAAGCAACUCGCAACAAAGGCCGCUAGGAAAUCUGCUCCGGCAACCGGCGGAGUGAAGAAGCCACACAGAUUCAGGCCAGGAACAGUAGCUUUGAGAGAGAUCCGUAAGUACCAAAAGAGUACCGAGCUUCUGAUCCGAAAACUUCCUUUCCAGCGUCUCGUUCGUGAAAUCGCUCAGGAUUUCAAGACGGAUCUAAGGUUUCAGAGCAGUGCUGUUUCGGCUCUUCAGGAAGCUGCAGAGGCUUACUUGGUUGGACUAUUUGAAGACACAAAUCUUUGCGCUAUUCAUGCUAAGAGGGUCACCAUCAUGCCUAAGGACAUUCAGCUUGCUAGGAGAAUCAGAGGCGAGAGGGCUUAGUUUGUGUCUAAUCCAAUUUCAUUCCCAAAUGUUAUUUUCUAAACCCUAGAAUGAGAUAGACUGUUUAGUUUCUAUGUAUGAAUGUUAAACUCUAGUUGUAAUACUAUUUAAAUGUUAAUCAAUCUUUAGUAUCUUGUUUAUUUA